CAAUGGCAGCACAAGUUAAGCUCAAUCAUUAAUAAUUGCAAGAAUAUUAUCAAGUGCUCUCCCAAAAAGCUCCGUUAUAGCGGAGAACGGAGAGCAUUUGCGACAGGGUCGUUAGCACUUUUCAGAUCGAACAGAACAGGGGGUCGAAAUCUAGCGAAGAUUAGUUUGCCAAUUGCCGCCGACUGAAUUGCACGGAAUCAGAAACAGAGCAAAUAAAUUUCGACAUGGAUUUGGCCGGCAAAAAUGUGGUUUACCUUGGAGGAUUCGGCGGCAUAGGCCAGAAAUGUGUGCAAGAAUUGCUAAAGCGGCCAAUAAAGGCUCUGGCCAUUUUUGAUUUGUCUGAGAAUGUCGAGCUUUUGAAUGAGUGGAAGAACAAAAAUGAAAAUACGGAUAUUUUCUAUCAAAAAGUAGACAUUACUCAGAAAUCGGACAUAGAGGCAGCUUAUAAGGCAACCGCGGAGAGAUUUGGUCACUUCGAUGUGGUGAUCAACGGAAGUGGGCUUUUGGAUGAUCGUCUGGUUGAUCUUACAAUACAAAUUAAUCUGGUGGGAGUUAUCAACAGCACUUUGAUCGCUCUGGGGUACAUGGAUAAAUCAAAAGGUGGUAAGGGUGGACUCAUAGUGAAUAUAUCAUCGGUGGCUGGACUCCAGCCCACACCUUUAAUGGCUAUUUAUUCGACGACGAAGAAUGGUGUUACUACUUUUACACGGGCCUUGGGUAGCCCCAUUCAUUAUGAUCACUGUGGCGUUAGCUUCAUUACCAUCUGUCCGGGAUAUACGGAUACUGGAAUUCUAGAGGAUAUUGAAAAGAAAACUACCUUUCCAUUUUACGAAACUCGCAUGCGGACCGUCUUUAACAAGGUGAAGCGACAGACGGUGGAGGUUUGCGCGGAGAAUAUAGUCCGCGCCAUUGAGAAGGCCAAAAAUGGAGCAGUUUUAAUGCUGGAACUGGGCGAAAUCCAUGAGUUGGAUAUACCAAACCUAUGGAACCCCCAGCUCAAUGAAUAAAAUUCU